AUGGUAUGUGAUCCUCAUUAUACAAAAUUUGUUAAAUAUGCUAAUGCACAUGAUCAACCUAUUAAAAUGUAUGUGGAUUUAGAAAAAUUAGAUUUAUCUAGUUUUAUUGAGGAAAGUGAUGAUGAAUGUGUGAAUGAGGAAGUGAAGGAGGAUAAACCACAUGGUGAUAGUGAUGAUGAUAGUCAAGAUUCUGACUUUGAUGUAGAUAAAGAGGGGGGAAUUGAGAUUGAAUCCGAAAGUGAGAGUGUAACAGAGAGUGACAAUGCAAAAGAAAGUAAGCAGAGUGAUGAGGAGGUUGAGAGUGAUUCAGAAAGUGAUUGUCCAAGCCUUGAUCAUUUGUCAGCUGAUGAGGAGGAGUUACUUGAGUGUAGGAAGAAAAAGCAAAACAGAAAAAAGGGUAAUGCACCUAAUAAUAUUUCACCUAAUAAGGGAUUCAGUCCAAGAAAACAACCUAUGCCAGUCUUGAGAACACCAAACAAGGGAGUUAGUCCAAAAAAACUAACCUUUGAGACUGAAGAGGAUAAGAAAACUGAAAAAUGCUGA